UCUCAGGUGGAUAGCGGGAACGGGUGUGAGGACAUGGUGCUUUCCUGUUCGGCUUACGGCUGUAAGAAUCGGUAUGAUAAGGAUCGGGGAGUUUCUUUCCAUAGGUUUCCCCUGAAACGUCCAGAGCUCUGCAAGAAGUGGCUGGCUGCAGUAAGGAGACGUAAUUUUACACCCACCAAAAACAGUAAUCUUUGCUCAGAACAUUUUACAUUGGACUGCUUUAGGAAGAACUGUAACAACAAAAUAUUGGAAGAAAAUGCUGUGCCAUCCAUAUUCUGCUUUACCCGACCAAAUCAACAGUCAAAGAAAUUAGAAAUACCAGUAACAAGUGACCAACCUAAUGCAGAAGAAAUAUCAGAGGACACCGCGCUGAAACAAGCACAUGGUUUGCUAACUGUUUAUGAUCACAGCUACAGUGUUGGUGAUGCAUGUUUGCAAAAGAAAAAGAUUCAGAAAUUGGAAGAACAGAAUGAGAAGCUGAAGAAGAAACUGAAAUUCUUGCAGCAGAAAUCACGCCGCCAAGAGCAACGAUUACAGAAAAUGAAGAAGUUAUUACAGCAACUUAAUCCACAAGAGAUACUACCACAUCAGAGAUGUGUGUUGUUACAUGAUACUUUGUAUGAAGUGAUUAAAGUUUAACGUUUAUUGGUGCCACAUUUAUUAAAUGGCAGAUAAUCAUGUUUCCACACUCCCUAGCAUUAAGUAAAGGAGAUAAUGAGCAAAAUACCUCAACGGUCACUGCUAGGGCUUUCGUUUACAUUGUAUAUAAAUUAUUUUAAAUAACAGCUGAAUAAAUUUUCUGAUUAUAGGCUUGGAGGACAGCAAACAAGAGACCAUCUGCAAUGAUAGAAGAAUGUGACAGAGCACUUAAGUUUAGAAGAGCCAAAAAUAGUGAUGGAAUUGAAUAAAUGGACUGACCAGUGAGAUUACAAAGUGAACAAUAGUCAAACAUGACAAAUCAAGGAUACUGAUAGAGUUGUAGAGAUGUACAGUAUGGAAACAGACCCUUUGGUCCAACUCGUCCACGCCGACCAGAUAUCCCAACC